UUUGCCAUUCAAAUCUGUUAUGGCCUCUACGGAAUCAUCAUCCACAAAAUCUGUAUGUGGCCUGCCUUCAGUGAAACCCACUGCAGAUGUUAUGACAUCCAAAGGAAUGCUGGUUUCUUCCCUGUCUUCACCAGCAAAAUGUCCAGUCACUUCCAUGGAGACAGCUCUGCUAAAUGGAACUGCCUCACCAAUUAAAUAUGCCUGCUCUUCAUCCAGCUAUGGAGGCAGUUUACAAGAAAGGAUAAAAGCAACUACCCAUGCAGCUACAACGAGUGUCAAUGCAGCCUUUGACGAAGCAGAAAAGACUUUUAAUUCCGGCUCUGCUUCAGGCUACAGCACACUCAAGUCCAUGUCUUCCUCGGUGUCCUCAUCUUACCAGUCCAUGAGGUCUCCUGCUGCGAGUUCCAUUUACACCUCUAUGAGGUCUCCUGCUACAUCCACCACCUCCGUGACAUCCAGUUCAAUAACUGUUCCCGUGUAUUCCUUUGUGAAUGUUUUGCCAGAGGCACAGGUAAAAAAACAUGCUGAUGUGACGUCUGUCACAAGACCAGCCUCCCCUCAAAGGACCACCACACCCACAGAUGCCCGUACGCAGGCUGAGUCUUCCUUCUCCAGGACCCUAUCACCAAUCAAAACUUCUUUGUUCAUUUCUCCGGCAGUCCUCAAAACAACUGAUUCUUCCUCAUUAUCAUCAAGCCAGGAGAUACUGAAGGAUGUAGCAGAAAUGAAAGAGGAUUUGAUAAGGAUGACUGCCAUCCUGCAGACUGACACCAGUUCUGCAACCAAAAGCUUCCAAACAGACCCUCCAAAAGAAUCUAAGAUUGAGGAUGAGGAGCCCUUCAGCAUCGUUGAGAAAGUGAAAGAAGAUCUUGUUAAAGUCAGUGAAAUCCUGAAAAAGGAUGUACUGAGUGAAAGCAAAGCCUCCAUGAAAGACAAGACACCUGAGGAAGAUUGGGAGGAGUUCUCAAAAGAUGAGAUAGAGGAGGCGCAGCAAAGUGCCAGAAGAUGUCCCCCUAGUUAUGAUACAGUAACCACCCCUGUUAGAACCCAGUCUAUAUCUGAGAAAGAUUUCAGUCUAGCUAAGGUGGCUGACUACUUAAGCAAUGACAUUAGUGUUAACUCCUUGUCAAAAAUGUCAGAAAUGAGGCAAAGAUAUGAUGACGCAAAAAGAGAUGGGGAGGAAAAGCAGAAACGUGUUCUCAAACCCGCCAUGGCAUUGCAGGAACACAAGCUCAAAAUGCCACCCUCCUGCAUGCGCUCCUCUUCCUCGGAGAAGGAGUUGUGCAAACUCGCUGAUUCCGUCUUUGGCACUGAUGCUAUAUUAGAGUCCCCUGAGGACUUUUCUCAUGACCAGGACAAGAGUCCUCUCUCAGACAGUGGCUUUGAAACAAGAAGUGAGAAGACCCCUUCGGCCCCUCAAAGUGCAGAAAGUACCGGGCCUAAACCCCUCUUCCAAGAUGUGCCCAUUCCCCCCGUUAUUACAGAAACACGCACAGAGGUUGUUCAUGUCAUUAGAAGCUAUGACCCCCCUGAGGGGGCCCCUGAACCUGUAAUGGAAGAGGCAGCAGAAAUUACCGCACCUGCAUGUAUCGAACCUGAACCAAAAGCAGGAUCUAUCAAAGACAAAGUAAAGGCAUUUCAGAUCAAAGUGAAUACAGAGGAGGACUCUGUUGUUAGCAAAGCUAUGCGUCUCAAAGAGGAAACCCACAUUACUACCACCACUCGAAUGGUGUACCACAAGCCCACUAAGGAUGCUACAUCUGAGAGGAUUGAGGAAACAAUGUCGGUUCGAGACAUAAUGAAAGCCUUCCAGUCCGGUCGGGAUCCCUCCAAAGAACUGGCAGGCUUAUUUGAACACAAGGCCGGUGAGUCUCACAAAGGAAAUGAGAUAUCACCUAGGUUUCUUGACAAAGACGUUAAAGCAAAGCCAAAAGUUGAGAGAAUAAUAGAGGUUCACAUUGAAAAAGGCAAUAAGACUGAUCCUACUGAGGUUAUCAUCCGAGAAACAAAAAAGCAUCCAGAUAAAGAGUUAUAUCUCCACAAGGGGGAUCGAGCGAUAAAGGAACUACCAGACAGAUUCUACAUUGAUGAUGAAGCACACCUGGAGGAGGAGGAGCUUACUGCUGAAGAAUCGCUUCCCUCCUACUUGGAAUCAUCAAGAGUCAAUACACCUGUCUCUCAGGAAGAGGACAGCCGUCCAAGUUCAGCGCAACUUAUUGCUGAUGACUCGUACAAAGCGUUGAAGCUACUGAGUCAGCAUUCCAUUGAAUACCAUGAUGACGAAUUGUCAGAACUGAGAGGAGAGUCUUACAGAUUCGCUGAGAAAAUGCUUCUUUCUGAGAAAUUAGACAUUUCUCACUCUGAUACAGAGGAAUCUGUGACUGACCAACCUCACAUCCAGAGCUCAGAUAUGCAUAGUGCUGAUAGUCAUUACGGUGAGAAAAUGUCCAGUGGGACCCAGAAGGAUUUUUUUAAGAAACCGUCAAAGGAUGCGUCUGAUAAUGCAGGUAAAUUUGCACGCAAGGAUGAGCACAUUGACAAACUGACUGUGUUGCAUUAUACAACAGAACCUGGUAGCCCGAAACAUGCCGUAUGGAUGCGUUUUACUGAAGACAGACUUGACAGAAAUCGAGAAAAGCUCAUAUAUGAAGACAGGGUAGAUCGAACAGUGAAGGAAGCUGAGGAAAAACUGAGUGAGGUUUCUCAGUUUUUUCGUGACAAAACUGAGAAACUAAAUGAUGAGCUCCAGUCCCCAGAGAAAAAGCCACAAAAGAGAGAACCCAGAGAAACCCGCUCUGGACCAAGUUCUACCUGUAGUAGCCCAGAGAAAACACAGCACAAGAAUGGAGCAAGUGGUGAGGAAUGGGGUAAGGGCAGACUAAAAGAGCCAUCUGUAGGGAAACUGUUUGGCAGCUCCAGUGAAAGGAAAUGUGCUAGCUUGCCCAACAGUCCUGAAAAACGCAUCAGUUCCCGCUAUAAUGAUGAUAAAACAAAACAAAGAGACAUUCCAGCACAGAACAAGGCCAGUGAAACCUCACAAACUGUUCAACUGAAGUCAUCCAAUGUAAGCUCUGUGAGACUAAAAUUUGAGUCAGAAGCUCAAAAGCACGACAAGGGUCCUCAGUGGGGACCAGCAAAACCCCCAGUGAAAAAGCUCCAGGAAAGUAAGCUUCCUGUGUAUCAACUUUUUACUGGAGCAAAGACUCCCAAAUCUGCAGAUAACACAGAUGAAGCAGGGGGUCCAAAGAAAGUUCCAGAUAGUGACAAAGGCAAAGCAUCUCCCUCACAAAGCCCUGAGAUCAUUAAGUCACGGGUGCCUGUCAUUGCUCCAAAACAAUCGGGUGAGAAAAUGUCAAAUAAAGGCUUAACAGAAGCCACAGCUCCCAAACACUCACAGGCGGAGAAUGGCAGGGAACUGGAUGCAGACAAAGAAAAAAAAAUCUACAAGACAUGGGAGAGUCAUGGAAAUGGAAACAAUAAAGUGCAAAAGGAGAAAUUAAGCCAUACCCUUGUUCCUGGCAUCAUAAAAGAGGACAGUGGUCCUGAUUUGCAAAAUAUCAUCUCUGACCAAGAAAAAAAGCAACCUUUGAAAAAUGGAGCACCUGUAAAAGAGGCUACACCAGUUUCCAUUACAAACAAAAACACAUACACUGAAAUUGUGACACACAGCAAUGCAGAAUUUGGUGACACACAAAGCAAGAUGCAAAAAAAAGAAUCCCAAAUUCCUAUUUGGAUGCCAGGCAGUCUGACAGACAGUGAUCAGUCCAAGAAAGCAAAACCAGAUACUUUAGUUAAACCUUCUGAAAGGAGUGUGUCACAUAUACCCACCUUAGCUAAAAGCAGAUCCCAAGGUAGCUCAGAAACAAGUACAUCAAGGGAUGAGUCUUCAGCAAACAAAUAUCCGGAAUCAUUAGAGUCUAGCUCAAUAAAAGACUCUAAUGACAUUAGUGAUCCCAGCCCGGUAGAGUAUAUUGAGAAACAGGCUCCAAUUGUCACUGCAGAAAGCUUCAAAGGUUUAAAAACAUUACCUGUCUAUGUCAGUAUUCAAGUAGGCAAGCAGGGUGAGAAAGAAACUCCAGGUGGACAGCAGGGGACUUACAAAAAGAUUGUCAGUCAGGAAAACCGUAGCGAAAAUAGGGGAGCAUUUCACACGGUUAAACAAAAACAAGCUACAUCCCCACAAGGUAGCCCAGAAGAUGAUACACUAGAGCAGGUAUCUUUUAUUGACAGUUCUGGUAAAAGUCCUCUGACCCCUGAGACUCCUAGUUCUGAGGAAGUGAGUUAUGACCUCACUUCCAGGACCCCUGAUUCAUUCAUUGGUUUUUUGCCAAGCAAGCCUAGCCCAAUCCCAGAGGUGUCUGAGGAAGAAGAGGAGCAAGGCAAAGCUUUCCCUUUCAAAGAAUCUCCAUCGGAAAAAACUAUACCUUCCGUGGCAGAUUCCACAAAGGAAAACCAGGAAGCAGAAAGUCAAGCAAAAGAUAAAAGAGUUGCUUACAUUGAGUUUCCUCCACCUCCUCCUCUGGACUCCUCCUCUGAACAAUCAGAUCCUGAAAAGAAGGGUUCCUGUCCUUCCUCAGAGGCUGAGACAGAAAUGAUGGAGGUCAACCUCCAAGAGGAGCAUGAUAAACACCUUCUUGCUGAACCUAUCAUCAGAGUGCAACCCCCAUCUCCUGUGCCCCCUGGGGCAGAUGACAGCGACUCUACAGAUGAAGAAUCUGUUUUUCAACCCAUUCCUUUUAAGAAGUACACCUUUAAGAUUGCAGAGGAAGAAGGGGAAAAGUCCAAAUCCAAAAAGCAGGAAAAGAAUGGAAACCAUCGGGAAUCCAGCCCCAAUGGUGAUGGAAAAGUAGACGAUUAUGACUUUGAGCAAAAUGGGAAUGAUCAGUCAAUAACUGACUGCUCUAUUGCAACAACUGCAGAGUUUUCUCAUGACACUGAUGCAACAGAAAUCGAUUCUCUUGAUGGAUACGACCUUCAAGAUGAGGAUGAUGGCUUAAGUGAGGAGGACCCAAAACCACUAAGCUUCUCCUGUGAUAGCAGAAAAGAUAUGUGGGCCACAGAAAGUAUUUUAAAGCCAUGUGAUCGCUCAUUUAGCCAGACCAAGCUUGAGGUCAUCCAGGAAGAGGAGAGGAUAGUCCCAGAAGAGGGGAGGAAAGCAAAAACAAAAAGUGACUCAUUUGACAAAAACGAAAGCAAUGGAAAUGGACAAGUCUGUCCUGAUGGAAGACAGUCUGGCAGAGGAGGACAAUCGGACACUUACUUUAGUUACAAAUUAGAGGAGGAGUUCAGUUCCCAUUUUAAAACUGUUGCAACUAAAGGUUUGGACUUUGACCCUUGGUCCAGCAAAGGAGGAGAUGAUGAAGUCUUUGACUCUAGAAUAAAAGACGAGGAGCCCAGGCCUUUUGGAUUAGCAGUAGACGACAGGUCACAAGCAACUACACCAGACACAACCCCUGCCAGAACCCCAACUGAUGAAAGCACGCCGACUAGCGAGCCUAAUCCUUUCCCUUUUCAUGAAGGGAAGAUGUUUGAGAUGACUCGCAGUGGUGCGAUUGACAUGAGCAAGCGGGAUUUUGUUGAAGAAAGACUUCAGUUUUUUCAGAUUGGUGAGCAUACCUCAGAAGGGAAGCCAGGGGACAAAGGGGAAGGGGUCAAAAAGCAAGACAUAAUUAUCUCACAAGCUCAGACAGUGGAGAAAGCUGUAGGGAUUACACUAGAGGCCCCCUCAGAUGUUGCAACAUCAACGUGCGCCCUGAUACAGAUCAGCAGUGACUCUAGAGAGGCGUCACCUGAUGAGAACAUUGAGGAGACAUCCUCAUGUACAAUGGUAGCCUCUAAAAUUGAUCCCAAAUUGCGUACCCCCAUUAAAAUGGGAAUCACACCCUCCAUUACUGUAAAAAAAGAUGCUGAUGCCAUGGAAUCGACAGAUUCUAAAACUGAUACACCAGACAGUCAAACUCCAGACCACACGUUCCCAGAAGCACAGGCAGAAAGUAAGCCUUGCAGAAGCACAGAUUCCCCAAAGCCAUCUGAGGGAAGGGGCUCCCCAACAGAGAACUGCAAUAACAACAAUAACCAUGAGUCCUCUAACAUCCAAGCUAACUACAUUCAGUGUGGCAGUGUAGUGUUUAACUUGCAAUCAUCGUCACAGCCGACACUUCAGCAAGUCAGAAGGGUAGAUGCCUCAUCCUGUAGAGACUCAGAGAAAGUGCCGGAGAGCAGUGUACCAUGUGACAAAAUAAAGACAGAUGGAACAAGGAAGACAGAGACGAGGCAGCCAAAGUCACGGCUGCCGAUUAAAGUGCGGGCACCAGCACCGUGUUUACAGGUUACUACAGCAGGAAAGGAGAAGCCGAAGCAGAUAGUUAAACCAGAGUCCAGAAAAAAAGUAGACAACUCUGCAAGCAUGGGACCUAAAUCUAGAAUUCCAAUUAAAGAAGUGAAGAGGGUUAAAGUCACACCGUCAGUGUCAGCUCAGGGUAAGUCCCACUCAGGGAAGGCAGAGCCGAAAAGGACGAGACAGGUGCCAUCCAGAUUGCCAGUAAAAGACAGGUCGAGAGCAAGCUCUGAGAAUGGCUCAGCUGGUAAGAGGGGCAGGGAGAGCACGAGUGAGGUCCGCAAGCACUCCAGUGAGGGGUUUAAAGGCGCUAGUGGGGAGGCGCUAAAACCCGUGGGUCGCCUCUCUGACGAAGAGAAAAAGACACGGUCAGAAUUGUCAGACGAUGAAGACAGCACGUCAAGGAACGCCUCACUGUCAGAACCAUCUUCUCAACCAUCCUUUACGUCGCGGUCUGCUAGAGUUAUGAAAACUGAGGCAGCGCCCGUAAGAAAAAAGGUUGAGCAGGCCGGCAGUGAGAGAAGGAGGAGUAGGCGGACGGUUGGGAAGGAAGGCAGUCAGGUUGCGGGGCCCCACGUGGCUCCCAUCGCGGAGAUCAAGCCUAGCCCACAGAGUCCCUGUGAGAGAACUGACCUGCGAAUGGCCAUCGUAGCAGAUCAUCUGGGCCUGAGCUGGACUGAGCUGGCCAGGGAAAUGGAUUUCUCUGUCGAUGAAAUAAACCACAUUCGAGUGGAGAACCCUAACUCAUUGACAGCUCAGAGUUUCAUGCUAUUAAAGAAAUGGGUUAACAGAGAUGGUAAAAAUGCCACAACGGAUGCCUUAACCGCAGUGCUGACAAAGAUCAAUCGGAUGGAUAUUGUGACAUUGCUGGAAGGGCCAAUAUUUGACUAUGGUAACAUUUCAGGCACAAGAUGUUUUGCAGAUGAUUACGCUGUUUUCCGGGAUCAGGCUGAUGGUUUCCACAACAUCGAGCUGGAACUGCAGUCUCCCACAGAGUUGGGCUAUGAGCCCCCCACCCCACUUCGGAAAGAUGAUUUCUUUAGCGAGAACUAUAGCAUAGACUCUCCCAGUAGUAGCCCCUGUAGACCCAGCGAUCUGUCCCUGUCCCAGCCACCAUACGGUCCUGCUGCCGGAGCAGAGCCUCCCACAGUCGUAUGCGAGGACACCUCUCUGGAUGGACAAAGAGACAGAGAGGGAGCGGAAGAAGAUCCCGGCUCUGCUGGGCAGAACGAUGGAGCUAACCUAGCGCAAGUGCAAGAAGAGCCCGUGCAACCAUCCCAGCCAGAAGAGCAGAAGUCAGCAGGAGAAGCCCAGCUGGGGGCCGGCAUCCUUGCGGUUAGGGAGGGCAGCGAGUCUGGUUCUGACGAGGAAGAGGAAGAAAUGACGCGCGAGAGGCUGCAGUCCCUUUUGGAAGACGUUAAGCUGGAGGAAGGCUCAGAGGGGGAGGAGAUGACUGAGGAGAGGGUGCAGGCUAUUCUCUGUCAAGUAGAGCAGGCAGAAAAGGACAUGUGUUCAAUUCCAGGUUGGCACAGCGAAACGUCGAGCGUAAACGUGGAGCCGCCGACCCCGGGUCGCAGUCUGAGCUCUGACCUGAUCGAUCGGCAGGAAAACAGCCCGGAGAACGACAACGACUCCUUUACCUCAGCGUCCAAGGGACAGGCGGGAAGCGCGAAGCAGAACGGCGAGCACGUGCAAGUCGGGUCACUUCCUGCCGCGCAGGAUUCGGCCGGAGAGGGGCAGAAGAUGCCGAAGGAGACGGAGCGCAUCGAGGGGUCCGAGGAUGAUGGCCCGAGCGGGGCGGGACCAAGCAGCAGGGACCACGACAGCCCUGCAUCUGAGCACAAAGUCCAGCACGGGGAAGGCGGCAAGACGAAACAGACGGAAGGGAGGGAGAAAAAGGUUCAGUCAUAAUGGUCGCACUGCUCUAACCGGUUUUGGAAAAGAUUUAUUAUAAUUUUCCUGCGGGGAGAUUACUGGAAACCCAAACACAGGAAAUCAAUCGGCCAAAAGAACGUGUGUCUGCAGCUUCCACAUUAUCGCAUGGUUUUCAGCGAAGAAGACAUUUCUCUCUUCUUUUUUUUUGAUUUAGCAUGAGCAUGAAAACUCACUUUUCUGUCAAUGAUCCGGGGCUUCGUAAUCAAUGACACGUGGUGCCAUGGUGUCAUAUCAACCUACACACGGUGAUCGGCUGCGAAGAACCGAUACAACACCGAGGACAACAGCAGCACCUGAGAAAACAUUUCUGUGACCAAAGAUGGCACAUAAACAAAUUGGAUUGGUGAAACCAGAGGAAUACACUUUUGAAUCACCUUCUACACUCGCCUUAUAUUUUUCUUGGACCCAUAAUGUCGGGGUGUAAAAUGCUGUUUCGCUUCUUUUUAACAAAAUUAUUGGUGAUCUUGCUGUAUAUAAAUUCCACUGUAUAAAUUCUAAAAGUAGCUCGCGGAUUGUGAAGGCACUGGCUGGAAAGGACUGUAGAAGCUUGUUGGAACGAAAUGCUGAGAUUUGUUCCGCGUUUAUCAGAGAGUUUGGGUGUAACUUCACGUUCUUGUACAAUUACCUGCAGGUAUAAUGUUUGUAAAUGGAAAACAGAGCUAGCUUGAUUUUAACAGAGGACAUUUCUUUAAAAACCUACUGCGAUUCUCUGUGAUUCUCAAAAUGGGAAUAUCUGUAGUUCUGUGAAAAUAAUUCCUCAGAGUACUAAUAUUUUGAUGCAUGUGAUCCACCUUAUUUUAAUUACAAUUUUUCUAAGUUUGCAAACACUGUAUUAAGAAUAACAUGAAAGAAAAAACUUUUAUCUGUGUACACACAUUACCCUAACAUUUGUCACUAUUGCUGGUUUUCUAAAGACAGUAUCUUUAAAACAUUCACCAUGCAUACGGGGAUAUUUCUUUUGAAUGCUUCUUGAAGGUUUACUGCUUGCUGAUAACGGAUGGCCUCUGCAGACAUGGGCUUGAGCACUUGGAGAGAAAUGAUCAGAAUGUACGUUUUAGACUGGCACGCUGUAAAAUUAUAACUGUAUCAUGUGUAUUGGCUAUAAGAUGUAGAAGUCUUUCUGUAAGCCGGUCUUUGUAAUCAUUAUAGCAGUGUAUUAAUAGGUUUUAAGGCUGCUGUGGUUUAAAAGGGCAUUUUUAUUUGGGUUUUGGUGAAACAUUUCCUUCCAUUGAAUCUAUUCAUAUGAAAACACCUAAAGCAUUCAUGGAUAGUAGAUCAAAUAACAUGUAUGAAAAACCAACAAACACUGGAUGAUCUAGUUGAUUAUUUAAGCAUAAAUAAAUUGUGUUUAAACUCUGAAAUUGUGUCUUGUUUUUUAGGCUUGAAAAUAUGUUAAAUGUAUUGCACUGUUUGCAUAGCCAGCUGGUUACUUCACGAUUCAGUGGCGUUUUCUCUGCUAAAUUUAUUUUAAAUGAAUACCUCUUUUGUAUCAGGACUAGUCCACCUACACAACACACUGACCUUGCUGUGAAGCCACCUGAAGACGUUAAUUCAUGCAUUUACACAGUAGUUAUUGUUGGCAACUGUUUUGCAGCCUGUUAUUCAAAUCAACAAGCCAGUUUGCUAUGCAUUGAGUGAGGCCAUUUGAACAAGACAAUUUGUGUUGGUUGUUGGGUUAAUUAAGGUGUUUGUUAUACAAAUAUAUCCACCUUUUUAAAAACAAGCAAACAACAACUAUUUUACUUUAUGGGUUUGGUUUACAAUUAUUUUAGCAUCAUGUUGAAAUCCCUUUGGUAUGAAAAAAGAUUAACUAUUACAAUGAGCAUGAAAUGGUACCUGUAGAGUACUGUAGGUAUUUGAUUCUGAAUUUACUGCGUUAUGUAUUACCACAGAAAUAUGGCACUUAUUUUAAUUUCCUUGCAAGAUAUUAUUUUUAAAUCCUCUGGUCCAUUUUCCUUUGAGACUUGUGUGAUUAAAUAGCACGAUGUAGGACCUUGUGCUGUUGAACCUAAGCUGCAGUGUGCAUUGUAUCCAUGAUUUCUGUAUUCAUGAUAUGCUCUCCCAACAGCAUAACCACAUUGUAUUAGUCGGUCAAAUGUAUUCCACAUCAACAAAUUUCUAAAUAAAACCCCAAAUAAAAUACAUAAA